AAUAGUAUCCCCGUAUCGCUCGCAGGAGGACGGUUAAAGCAACGGAGAAGUAAGACCGGCCCUUUGUCAGAGACAAGGAUCGAUUUGGAAACGAAUGACGAAAGGUCGAAGCGGAGAGGAUCUAGCGAGACGAAGAAGGUAAAGCAAACAGGUGGCUCCCUCUUUCGUCAAGUUGCUUCGUCUGACGGCAAUCAUAUAAUCAUAACAAGAGCAAAACCAGCAGUAGUGUCAGUGAGGAGACGGCGCACUCCCGCGUUCGAAGCUAGUCAUAUCUCAUACAGUACCGUCAACAUGUCAUCAGCUAUGAAAGUCCAAGUAACACUCCUCGUUUUGUGUUCAACAUUCUCCUUUGGACUGUGUAGAGUCUCAUUGCAAGAUUUAUGCAGUGAUGAAUCCAAGCGACAGGACUAUUCGGAGACGGUGCUUGAUAGCCUACGAGAAACAUUAAAAAGGGAAGAACCCUUUAGAAUGGAGGACGAUAUACGAAAGUUCUUCCGUCUUUACAAUGGAAAAAUCUACAAUCUCCAUCAGUUUGUACUGCGUCAUCCAUCCCAAAUCUUGUGUGACAAGAAAGAAGAGCAGGCUAACAUGAUCAUGUUGCUCGCUUUCAACACUACAAAGGUACAUUACACGUGGAAUGUAGCGGGGAUUAACGGAAUGUCAGGAGGUUUUUGGACUUUCGCCAAUCGUAUUACUACAGAAAUAAAGCUCUCUGCUCCACUUAAUCAGAAUAAAGCCGUAUCGUUUACCGUAGAUUCGGUCCGAUUAACGGAGUUGGAUGGUAUCUGGGUGAAAGUGGAUGGUGUACAGCCAUUUGCGUGGAUUGCAUCUCAAAUCGGUAACCUCGGAACCAUGAUUUCCCGAGGCACACUUAAGACUUUCUUGCAAAACAAUCUUCGAAUAAUCUUCAACCAAGUCUUCAGUACAUACGAAGUCUAAAAGAAUUUCGACGAAUCCACCUUCGCAUCGGACCCUGAUGAUUGGCCAACAAAGAAGCUGAUCUCAGACAGAUGCUGCUGCUGCUGCUGUAGUAUCAUAUCAGGUUGAAAGAAAGAAGGGGUCGCUGCUUCGGUCUUGCAAGUGACCCAUAAGUACCAUAGAAUUUUUGUGAAUAUUUUUUUUUUAAUAUUUUGAAGCAAAGCUUCCCGUUUGGAUUAGAUGAAGAAAUUUAAACAUAAGGAAUGUGCACAGACGUAUUUAUAAAAUAACUACAACGGUGAAACGAAGGUGGUCACACCUGUUACUUACACGUUCCUGAGCAAACAGCAUAGUAAGCAGUCUAGGCUGCUGAAUUGACUUGCCGGUACCAUAAAAAAACAUAAAUCUGAUAUGUUGUACAAUGGAAAGACUCUCUUGUUCGUAAAAUCGCCGAUCUAUCACGUUUUAUUCUAGCAAUGUUACGCAGUUACGUGGAUGGAUAUGGUAGCGUAUGUUCUUUGAAGGAAUCCUUGUGAUAGUAUAGUGGGUAUCAUGUUGGCUGCUAAACUUGCUACUAAACACACGUAAUGCUUUAAAUUCGCAUUUCGUCGUAGACAUUGUUUCGAGUUGGCAUCUAUCCGUCUGAUGGAGAACCUAAAGGCGGUAUCGGACGUAAAAAUCGAAACAUUUAGGUUCCUUGAAGAAUUAUUAUACACAGUCAAACGGAACAAAAAAUGUGGUUAAGAUCUGUCACUGCAGUAGCACACGCUGGAAUCUACAGCUAUUUAUACGAUACCGCUGCGAUAUAGUAGUUUAGUUUAGGAAAUGUAUUUUAUCCUGACUCUUGCAAUAAUAAUUACUGUUUAUUGUAGGCGAAGACAACAAGUGCAGCUCUUUGGCCGUUACGAACAGCUACACCUUACACUGAAAAGGGCCAAGCAGUGUGAUAGACCAAAAACAGAUGGACAGAAAAUACUGUUUCUCCUAGAAACUGCUUUAAAGUUUAUGCAUUUGUUGUACAGCUUACGAGUAGGCUGGCAUCCUUUUAAGCGGAUAAUUUUCUAUUUUUUCGUCGUCUCCAUUUUAUUUGUCAGUUACGGGGAACCAAAGUUUAAGUGAAUCCUUUUUGUUGCAAAAAAUAUUUGUAUUAAACGGAGAGCCUGCUUGUGAGUUGCAUCUGUAUUAAACUUAGCGAAUGCAGUUAAUUUUAUGCUAAUACUAAUUAUAAUAAUUAUACCUGUAAAAAUAGUAAGAACAAUAAACGAUCGAAGUGCGUGUUAAUGGCGAAAUUCUAUUCGUGUAUUUCAACGUUACGUCUCAGCUAAACCACUGAGAGAAAACAAUCGCAUCAAUCAGCAAAAAAGUUAAUAUUUUUUUGUGUCUCACGGAAUAUAGUCUGACAAAUGUAUUAAACGAAAAUUUGUGUUAGUAAAUAAAGGUGGCAACUUA